AUGAAUUUUCAUUCUACAAAACCAUUAUCAUAUGAUUCUAGUGAUAAUCAGAUUUAUAAUCCUUUCCUAGUGAGUAACACCAAUGGAGAAGAAAGAAAAUCUCCAAUCAUUGAUAAACAACAACAAGCACAACUACAACAACUACAGCAACCAGUUUUAAAACGAGCUAAAUCUAUUGUAUCAUCAAAAUCAUUAUCAGCAUUUUUCACAAACCCAAAGAGUAAGCAUCAUCAUCAUCAUCAGAAUAGAGAUAAUAAUAAUAAUGGGAGAAAUAGAAAUAGAAAUAGAACUAGAAAAAGAACUAGACCUAGACCUAGUCGUUUAAGAAGAACUCAAUCCAUAUGUUCAAAUGAUAGUAAUAAUAGUAAUAAUGGUCAAUUGAUUAUCCAUACGGGUGAGUUUAAAUUACCUGAUCAAGAUGAAUUUCAUUUUACUAUGAAUAAUAGUGAUAAUAGUUUUUCUUCUUCUUUUUUAUCAUCAUCAUCUUCUCCUUCUUCUUCUUCUUCAGAUUUAGAAAGUGUACCUGAUUUAACUGAUGAUAAUAUUGAUGAAUUAACACCAGAAACAACUCCUAUUAAACCCGUGGGUAAUUUUUAUUUCAAUACAUUAUUCGAUAAUGAAGAAAAUAUUGGUGAUGGUUAUAAAUUAAAUUCUCAAAUCAAGAUUCAAAAUGAAUUGCAACAACAACAACAACAAGAGAAAUUGACAUCACCAUCGAUAUUUGAAAUCCCAGAAAUUGUUUAUAAAAUAAUAAGUUAUGUUGAUGAACAAAAUACAAUUUUACCACAAGAAUCAACUCCAAUUAGAAGAAAUCCAUUAUCUUAUAAUCAUGCAUUAUUAAUUCAUGGAGAUAAAAAAUCUGCUCAAACUGCAUUACAACAAACCAAUAAACAAAUCAAUCAACAAACUUCCAGAAAACUUAUUUCAUCUCCAUUAUAUAAUUGUUUAUUGGUGAAUAAAUUAUUUUAUAAAAUCACUAGUGAAAUUAUAUCAUCAAAAUUUUAUUGUCAUAAUGAAAUUCAAUUAAAAAAAUUCAUUGAAAAUAAAUCCCAACAACAACAACAACAACAACAACAAAAUUCUAAUCAAUGUUUAAUUCAACCUAAAACAUUUAUAUUACAUAAAUUAUUUCAAACUAAACAAAUUGUUUUCGAUCAAUUAAUUGAAUUUAUAAAUUUUAAUCAAUUAUCAUGGUUUGAAUUAUAUAUGUGUCCAAAAAUUUGUUUAAAUAAAUCUAAUAAUAAUAUAUUUAAAAAAAUUUUCCAAUCAUGUACUAAUAAUUUAACAAAAUUAAUUAUAACUGGUUCUAAAACUAUUGAUGAUGAAUUUUUAAUGAAAUUUUGUCAAUAUAAAUGUGGUGAAAAUUUACAAAUUUUAGAUUUAAGAGCUUGUGAAUUAAUAACUGAUUUUGGAAUAUAUCAAUUAAGUUUAAAUUGUCGAAAUUUAACUUUUAUAAAUUUGGGUCGUAAAGCCAAUAAUACCGGUGGUAGUGGUGGUAGUGGUAGUGGUAGUGGUCGAUUUAUAACUGAUAAUUCAAUAAUUAAAUUGAUUAAUAAUAAUCGGAAAUUAAUGACUAUUGGAUUAGCAGGAUGUCAUAUAACUGAUAAAGUUGUGUGGGAAAUUGCCAAUAAAUUACCUAAAAUAUCUCGAUUAUCAUUAAAUAAUUGUCCUAAAUUAACUAAUUCUGGUAUAAAUCAAAUCUUCACCUUAAUCAACUCCAACUCCAACUCCAACUCCAACUCCUACUCCAUCAACACCAAUAAUAGCAACAACAACAACAACAACAAUAAUUGUUUUUUUAAAUAUUUAUCAGUAUUAGAAUUAAGAUUUAAUUAUCAAUUAAUUGAUUUAUCUUCAAUUAUUCAAUUUAAACGACGACAAAAAUUUCAAUUUAAUAUUAUAUUAUUAUUAGAAUUAUGUGAAUCAUUAAUGUUGAAAUAUCGUCAACAAGAAUUUGAAUUAGAUAAAUUAAUUUCUUUAAAAAUUUUCCAAGAUAUUUCUCAUUGGGUUAAUGAUUAUAAUGAUAAUGAUGGUGAUUUACUGUAUAAUGAAAUUAAACAAUUGAUAAAUAAUAAUAACAAUAAUAACAAUUCCAGAAUCAUUAGUAAUAAUAGUUGA